CCAAACCCAAGCAAGUUUUUUCUAGAAGAAUGGUUGAGAGAGUAGAAAAAUUAGGUUAACAAAUGUGAGUUGUUGAAUAUGGACAGAGACACAUGAAGCAACCAAGAAGAAACAAAGACUUUCCCAAACCCCAAAACAAAAACAAUACAAAUUCACAUAGUUGAAAAGAAACAUCCCUUCAUGAACACAAAUUUAUCAAACUUUCCCUUCAAUUAUACCCUAUAAAUACUCACUUUUUUCUUCCUUCUUUCUCCCCCAACCAAUAAUCCCCUAUUCCCUCCAUCUCAGAAACAACAUAUCAACAACAAAACUGAAAACAAUUACCUCAAAUCCAUUCAGUCCACCAUGGAAAUAAAGCUCCAAAGCUUUUUCUCUGUUUUGAUCCUCUUCUCUUUAUGCCUCUCAGCCUCAGCUCAAACUUGCAGAAGCUACAAUGGAUUUACCAACAAUGAAGUAUUUGCAGCUUGUGUAGAUCAUCCAGUGCUCAACUCUUUCCUUCAUUGGACCUUAAUUCAAUCAAAUAACACCUUGAGAAUUGCUUUCAGACGCCCUAAUACCGGUCCUAAUCAAUGGAUCGCUUGGGCUAUUAACCGACAACGUCUCAACAUGUUUGGCUCUCAAGCUCUUGUAGCUUACAGAAAUUCCUCUGGAAUCGCUCAUGCUUACACUUCCGAUGUAAAUUCCCCUACUCCAACCCUGCAAGAAAGCAGCAUAAGCUUUCAAGUUCCUCAACUCAGAGCCACUUAUGUCAAUCAAGAAAUGACCAUUUUUGCUACCAUUAUUCUUGGAGAUAAUGAGACCACAAUUAAUCAAGUAUGGCAAGAAGGCCCUUUGGCUGGAGGUUCUCCGGCUUCUCAUGCCAUUACAGAUGCCAACAGAGCUUCAAGAACUACCCUCGAUUUGCUUACUGGAUCAAGCACAGCAGCUGCGGAUGACGUUCUAAAGAAGAGAAACACUCAUGGAGUUUUGAACGCUGUUAGUUGGGGAACUAUGAUGCCUAUGGGAGCAAUUUUCGCUAGAUAUUUGAAAGUUUUCAAAGGAGCAGAUCCAGCUUGGUUUUACCUUCACGUUGGUUGUCAAGCCUCCGCCUACGCCGUCGGUGUCGCCGGUUGGGCCACCGGUAUAAAACUCGGCAGCGAUUCCCUCGGUAUUGAAUACAACACUCAUCGCAACAUCGGAAUCACCCUCUUCGUCUUCGGAACUCUUCAGGUUUUCGCUCUGCUUCUGAGGCCAAACAAGGAUCAUAAAUACAGAAUUUAUUGGAAUAUCUACCAUCACUCUAUCGGAUACAGUGUGAUUGUUCUUAGCAUCAUCAACGUCUUUAAAGGAUUAGAUAUCUUGAACCCAGAUGGAAAAUGGAAACGAGCUUACACCGGAAUCCUCAUCUUCUUGGGCGCCGUCGCCGUCGUUCUUGAAGUCAUUACAUGGAUCAUUUGCAUAAAGAGAAAGCGAUCCAACUCUGAUAAGUUCCCACAUAACGUCAAUGGCGUAAAUGGGAUCAAUGGAAAUGCUACAAGAGAAGAAAACAGAGUUUGAGUAUAAUCUUCCCUGAUUUUGGAGGGCUUUUUUUGUUUGUUUGUUUGAUUUACAUUUUGAGUGUUCUUUAUUUCUUCUUUUGUGUUUUUCUUAUUUGGGAUUAGCAGUAGUGAUGAUCAUAUUAUUUUUGUUAUUAUAUUUAUACAUAAUUCUUUUCUUUCUUCAAACUCAUUUAUUUUAGUGUUCUUCAUGAUUCCAAUU